AAUCCCACGUCUGUGCAGCUGAGUUGUUCUAGAAUAAGAGUCCUGCUGGCCUGGGCAGUGUGUGCUGGCCCCAUGCCCAGAACCCUGCACAAGCUGCACAUCGGGGACGCCUGUUGCCUCCAUUUCCCAGCUGGCUGCUGCCCGCCCUGCCUCGUCCUGCAAUGCUCUCGCUGCCGGCCCUGCGCGUGGGCACCCUGGCCAGGAGAGGAGUCCUGGGCACUGCCAGCAUCAGAGCAGCACAUGGCCAUAGCGGACAUGUGGCGACUCAAGAGGACAUGUCGGUGCCUCGGUACUACGACAAGCGCAGCUCCCCGCUCCCCGACGUCCCUUACUGCAAGGAGCUGGGCGCGGAGCAGAAGGCCCUGAAGGAGAAGGAGAAGGGAUCAUGGAAGCAGCUAAGCAACGAGGAGAAAGUGGCCCUCUAUCACCUGAAGUUCAACCAGACCUUCGCACAGAUGAACAGGCCAUCCAACGAAUGGAAGACGGUGCUAGGAGGCAUGUUCGUAUUCUUUGGCUUCACUGGAUUAAUCGUGUGGUGGCAGCGAGUCUAUGUGUUCCCCCCGAAGCCGCACACCCUGACGGAGGAGUGGAAGGCUCAGCAGGUCAAGAGGAUGCUGGACAUGCGCAUGAACCCCAUUCAGGGCUUCUCCGCCAAGUGGGAUUACGACAAGAACGAGUGGAAGAAGUAGAGGAGACCCUCUCCACCCUCACGGACCCCCCCAGCCCAGGAAGGGGCCAGCGCUCUGGGGGAGAGCUGCUGGAGCAAAGCCACUCUUGCCUCUCUCCCCUACCCUCAUCCUUUGCUGGGCUGCCAGCCCCACCCGACCCCCUUGUGCCUUGUCUGAAGCUCUCCCUCUCCUGGUCCUGGGCAGUGAGCUGGCUCCAGUCUGUGCACCGCUCCUCCCGGUCCCACUGGGGGAUCUGUCCCGUGGCCUGGCCUAUCUCUGGUGAAGGAGCAUUUGGCAUUGUCCAUUCCCUGCUCACAUGGAAUAAAACACUACAGUAAA